AUGCGCAUUCCCGUAGAUCCCAGCACGAGCCGCAGGUUCAGCCCCCCGUCCAGUAGUCUGCAGCCUGUCCCGGGGAAAAUGAGCGAUGUGAACACAGCGACAGGGCAGCAAGACACGUCUCCAGCUGUGCCGAGACUUCGGCCGCACGAUAACCGCACCAUGGUGGAAAUCAUCGCUGACCACCCCGCCGAACUUGUCCGGACUGACAGUCCAAAUUUCCUUUGCUCCAUCCUGCCAUCUCAUUGGAGGUGUAAUAAAACUCUACCCGUCGCUUUCAAGGUGGUGGCACUGGGAGAGGUGCCUGAUGGGACAGUUGUCACGGUGAUGGCGGGCAACGAUGAGAACUAUUCGGCUGAACUUCGGAAUGCCUCGGCUGUGAUGAAGAACCAGGUGGCCCGCUUCAAUGACCUGAGGUUCGUGGGCCGGAGUGGAAGAGGUAAGAGCUUCACUUUGACCAUCACUGUGUUCUCCAACCUGCCCCAGGUGGCCACCUACCACCGAGCCAUCAAGGUUACUGUGGAUGGACCACGUGAACCACGCCGACACAGGCAGAAGCUGGAGGACGCGCCAAAGGCUGGCCUGUUCGCCGAUCGCCUGAGCGAGCUGGAGCGACUGCGCCACACCACCAUGAGGGUCGCCAUGCCGACACAAAGCCCCCGCCCGACACUGAACGCGGGGCCAAACUCUUACACCCCCCAGGGACAAACGCAGCUAUCGGACCCACGGCAGUCCCAGUCCCCGCCCCCCUGGUCCUACGAGCAGCCCUACACGCCCUACCUGAGCCAGGUGACACCCCCUGCCAUCCACCCCACCGCGCCCCUCUCCUCCACCCGCGCGACAGGGCUCCCCGCCAUCAGCGAUGUGCCACGCCGGCUGUCAGGUGCUGCUGACCUGAGCCCUUUCUCGGACCCGAGGCAAUUUGAGCGGCAGUUCCCUGGCCUUUCCUCCAUCACCGAGGGCCGCUUCUCCAAUCCCAGAAUGCACUACCCUGGCACCUUCACCUACACGCCUACCCCCGUCACCUCUGCCAUGUCUCUGGGCAUGUCAUCUUCCAGCCAUUACCACACAUACCUGCCGCCACCUUACCCUGGCUCCACCCAAAACCAGAGUGGACCAUUCCAGACCAGCAGCACACCCUAUCUCUACUAUGGGGCCUCCUCUGGAUCGUACCAAUUCUCCAUGGUCCCUGGGGGGGAUCGCUCACCGUCCAGGAUGCUCCCUCCUUGCACCAGCGUCUCCACUGGAGGCUCCUCCCUCAACCCCACCCUGGUCAGUCAGGCGGAGGUGACGGAGGCUGACGGAAGCCACAGCAGCUCACCGACAGUGCUGAACUCCAGCGGACGAAUGGAUGAGUCUGUUUGGCGGCCAUACUGAAAGCGCCUGAUGGUCAGAAGACCCGGAGUCAACUCAAGGGCCCUACAGCCUUCAAGUAGAGCAUCACCAGUCAGAAACCAGGAUCUUUUUUUUUGUUGUUGUUUUUCUAAGGCACAAACCAUCAUGAGGAAUAAUUGUUCCAUUUACAGGAACCAUCAAUUUUUUUCUUUUUUUGUAUAAAUUCAGUGGUGACCAGGAUUCGCCGUUGAACGCCAUUGCCACUGAAGACCUGUGUGCGACUGGAACAGAGCAGACUUUUCUCAGAGCUGCACUGGGGGGGUUGGGGCAGAUAAAAGCGGCACUGGGUACAGGCGUCACCCCCAUAUUUUCCACAUUCCACUGCUGGUUCUGGUCAUAGCCAGCGGCAGCAUCUCCCCGCUCAUAGUUUUUGUCAUCGAAGCAUAUUUUUCUAUACAAACUGAACUUGACUCAGUUUUAACACUGAAUGUCCAUACUCGCCUUGGCUGUAUUUUAGCAUGUGACAGAAGCACAGGUUCAUGUUGAACACCAGCGGUACAUCUCUGUGUUUGUGCUGUCUUACAGACUUUUAUUUAAAUGGUAAAUUGUAGCUGGAAAUCUGGCGCAGAUUAAAUGUCUUAUAAAGCCAUAAGUUAUAUAAUGUUAGCGUAAGGGGACUCUUUGACGCUUGAAUACUAUUUUUGAAUCAUCUCUUAUAAGUUAAUAAUGUAUUCAUGUUAGUAAUUUAAGCAAUAUAUUUUAUUUUGAAGCAGCCAAAGACAUGCUGUUUGUUAACUUGUGUUAAGUUAAGAAAACUAUGAAGGUCAGAUUUUUAACUGUCAGCUAUGAUUUGUAAAAAAAAAAACAAGAUGUAUGUUUUUCAGAAUUGUUUUUUUGUGAACACAUCUCCAUCUCAUUGGCCUAAUCACCAAUCUGAAACUUCAUUUUAUUAUGAGUUACAGUAAUGUACAGUACGGUACUGGAAGAGCAAACAUCGGCUGUCAAGACACGCAUCAUGGUAAGCAAAAACGAAAAGCUGAAAUAUGCAUGCUGGUUCUUUCUGAGACAUUGUAUUUAAUGUGUAAUGAAGCUGUACAUACAUGUAUUGUGAAAAGGAUGAUCAUGAUAAUCAUAUGCAACAGGCUUAUAUUUUCCCUCCAUUAUGGAAAAACCAAUAUUGUACAUGAAGAGAGGGCAUUCUUCUCUCUCCGAGUUUAAAGUUAAUUAUAUUUGGUUCCUUCUCUUGAACUAAUUUAUUUUCACAUGCUUUCUUUAAAAAUCCACAAUUACCCAAGGAUUAGAAUAUUUUCGUUAACUGAAGCUAGUUUGUGAGCCUUUCUUAUUUUAUAUACAUGCUGCCUUACAGUAUGUGUAAAAAAUAGAAAUACUAAUAUAAACAUGGACAAUCUUUGUUCUCUUUGAUCUUGAAAAGCUGGUGGUCACUCAAAAAUGAAUGGGUGAUGAUACAUUAAUAAUCGAGCUUUGCGCUUAAACAUGGGCAAGGCUUCAGUCGCCAUCGAAAUCUCAAACAGGCAACAAUGAGACAAUAAAAUCAUCUACAUGCAGUAGUUUCUCUGUCUGCAUCAUAAUGAAUGAAACACCAUUUCCCCCUUGAGGUUAGCCUCACUAAAGAAUGCAAAAACCCUCCUUAAUAUUCUCACUGCUUGAUUUUUCUUUCAUAGACAGGUUUGCUCUGUCAUCUCACACCCGGCCUUUGAACUUCAAUUGGAGCAUUACCUUUGAAAUAAUUCUUACUUAGUCUAUGAUAGUAUAUAGAUAUGUUACCUAUAAAUUAUGAUCCCAAACAAAUUACUGAGGUAAAAUUAAAUAUUUCAAGUGUGUACAGGUUUAAGGGAAAGCUGACAUUGCAGGAUUAUUGUCAUAAUCAAAAACAGGCUGUAAAAAGUUUUGUUAGUUUACAUGCAGAUACUGCACACGGCACAGGUUUACUCAUUGGCUCUAUCUGAAUGAGUAACGGGUACUUUCAACUAAUUAUUUCUUCAUAUGCUCGGGUUUUAUAGUAACUAGACUUUAACUCUUAAAAUCUGUUUCUUUCAAGACUUCCGUUCAAGGAAAGUGAAAAGAUGAAAAGUAAGCAAUAAAGUUGUGCUUAACAUAGUAUGCUGAACAAAAUAUUUGAAAGUGUUUUCACUAGUGCUUCCACAGAAAAAACAAAUCAAAUGCCCUCUAAAACUGAAGAAACUAUGGCAUUUAAUAGAAGGAGUGCAAUGCCAUUGUUUUAUUGCCUGAGCUAUUUUGAUAUGAGAAAAGAAUUAGUUCCUAAUGUGUUCAGAAUUCCUUUAUUUGUUGCGAAUGAUAUUCAUGUCCUGUGUCAGUCAUUUUAUAUCAGCACUUAUAUGAAAGUGUCUGACUACAGGAUUCAUGAGAAUAAUGCUACCAUUUCAAAAUGUCAUCUAUUUUACAAAAAGAAAAAAGGUACUAUAUUUGUAUUCAUAUUUUUUUAAUAAUUGGUGAAAAGGGCUUCAGUGAAAUGUAUAACAAUGUUAUACUCUUGUAAUGAGUGGUACAGUAGGUAUGCUUUAAAAAUGUUUUGUAAAAUGUCAUUUUUAAAAAACAGGCUGCAGGCAGCACCCAGGGAAAGCAUGAUAUGUAAUAAUAAUGAUUUUGUGUGUACAGUAUAUGUACAGUAUGGCACUUAUUGUUUGGUGGUUUCAUCUCUAAAACCUGAGGCCUUGAUAAAUUCUUGGAAAAUGGGUCCGUGGACAGUACAGUCUUAUUUAGAGGCCACAGUUGCAACAUCACAAAACAUGAAACUUGGGCAGCAUAAGACUUCAGCACCUAGUCCUGAACUACAAUGUACAAUAUGCUCAACUUAGUGCCUGACAGACACAAGGUUUAGAGUUUUACUUUUAUGAAAUAUGUAGUGUAGGAACAUAAGGAAUAGGAUAAGACAUGCUUGUAUUAGCCCCUCAAAGAUAUGGCCAAAGCAAAUUGCAAUUAGAUUGAAUUAAGCCUUUGCCUUCUUUCAUUCUAAAUGAAUUGCAAUUUAUCGCAAAUUGUUUAAGUAUUUAAAAGUAAAGUGUUUAAGUAUUUAACCAAUUUCAGCAUGUUUUUUUGUUACUUUAAACAAAAGACUGGUGAUGCUUGAAAUAUUUAAACAAUUAGACCUCCCCUCCUUAUUCGAAAGUUAGAUAAACCAAAUUUGAAGAAGGCUGCACAUUGGAUCAGUGCCUUCAUAACAUACUAACAGAGAAUUAUUCUUCUUUUUUGCAUUCCCUAGCAGAAUAUGACUACAAACCAUACAUUUGUGCCUCAAAUUGAAUUACAUUUAAAAGACCUAUGAAAGUGAACAUCGGAGGAUAUACAGUUAUUGACACACAAAUGAAAUGAUCUUUCCAGCACAGAUGCAUAUAUACGUAUUCUGGACCACAUUGUAAUAUGAGGCUUUAAUGUCCCUUGACUGUGAAGGGAAGAUGGAAAUUGGCUAAAUGAGGACUUGAAAUGCCCCCUGGUGUAUGUUUGUGUGACAGCAGUCAUAUGAUUCGAUAUUGCAAAAAUAUAUGAUCCAAUAUUACAAAAGUAGACGUGUGAUCGUGAAGCAGAAUAGCUGAUUCUGAUGAGAACAUACUGCUGUCUCUGACUCUGAAACCAAGGAUUUAUAACACUAUGUUGUUUUAAACAGAGAGAAGAGCUGGACUUUGUUUACAUAAUGGAAGUUCUUUCUCAGCAGACUUUUAUCAUAAACAUCUACACAAUGCUGGAUGUAGAAUCUGCCGGUCGUAUUUCCAUGCAGACCUCUGUUUUGCAUUUUUACUCUGAGUUUGUUCUUCUGUUACACUUCUCAUUUUUUCCGAGUGCUGCAAACAGAGGUAAAGAGAAGACGUUAUUGUACCAUGUAUAAAAACUGAGUCAUCUGUCGUGCUCCGAGCACAUCCUGUACAGACUGUCCAGUUUGGUUGUUUGCUCAGAUUGUCUUUGUGUCUGAUACUCCAUUGAUUUUGGAAAUAGUUUCUUUUUCAGGAUGAUCAAAAACUAGCCACACCGACCGGUUUGCGGUCUGAUAUGUCUGGUUUUGGUUGUAAUAUUUGUUUUUCAAAGAAUAAAAAACCUUUUUGUAAGAA